AAAUCCACCACAAAAACGCCUGAAAAGGGGAAGAACUUUUAGUCAAAUACACAGUCGCUUGAUGAAAUUUAAAAAUGAAAUUUUAACUGCGAUGGACAAUCUUAGGACGGAUCAGUGGAUAACCUUUUGCUUUGUAAAAAUCCUUCAUUGUAACGGUGCGUACGCGUGUAGCUUUUCAAAGGCUUGGUGUAAGACACAGAGAAAUCUCGACGAUGUCGAUGAAAACAAACGGUUAAUCGUAUUGCUUCCUGAUUUAUUUGACUUUGAGGUUAUUACCAAAUUUUUGGAAAAGGAUGGUGACAUUGACAAUAAAAUGACAGAAAACCAGAUAGCCGCUUUCGACAGACUGAUCACAUUUUUGGAAAAUAUAGAGGAAACCUCUAAAAAAAUUGAGGGUGCACGAGCUAAAGCCUUCAAAGAAAGCAGUUGGGCAGCAAUACUUGGUGUUCACGUUCUCAGACAGCUUGCAGUUUCAAAUGAGAUGAUGAUUGACUCUGGUUAUGCUGAUAAAACAUCGGAGUGUCCCUGUGGAUGUCGAACUCCACUUUGUGUUGGAGACAACAGCAUUGGUCACAAGGAUGUCUGGCAUGGGAGUCUGGAUAUCAUUUUGGGACCUGUUGCAGUAAUUGUGCAAUCCACAGAUGACUCGCAUGAAGAAAGCAGCACAGCAUUUGAAUUGAAAACAGGAGAAUUAGAAGAAUCCCGAAAUCAGAUAAUUGCAGAAAGUAUUGUGUUUUCCUUUAUUCAGAGAACUGGGUUGAUUCCAACGGUGGGAAUUUCUACAAAAGAAUUCAAAGUAUUUAUGUAUGAUCCACAUUAUGAUUUGUUAUAUGAAAGUUCAGAGUUGUCUUUGUUUGAUGGACGGGGGGAUUUGAAAUGCACGUCAGUUUUUGCCCUUUGGCUUGUUAUAAAUCAUGCAGAAUUUUGUACUGGUGUUAAGAGUUGUCAUGAAACACUUGGUUACAUAGCUGACUUUCAGUCACUAGUUCAAAAGCCUGUACUUUCAAUAUAUGAAACAGAAUUGCACAGGGGCGGUUGUAAGCAUGUAAAGAGCUCUGUUUGGAAAUAUUCUGCUUUUGACGUAAGUGGAAAGUACAAAGUAAUUGAAUAAAGAAAGUAUAUUGGGUAUUUUUUAGAUCCACCGAGCUUAUGCCAUGGCACUUUAUUCAUCAUGCAUUUAAAAAAAAGCAACAUCUUUCCUGAAACUAUUAGCUGGAGUCUUUAGAAACAUAUUUUUGUCAAGCCCACUUGUGGUGAGCUCGACAUACAUGUAGAUAUCACAAUUUGCUGUUUGGUGUAUGUGCGUCCCUCCGUGCGUCCGUCCAGCCAGAUUAGGCUUGUCCGGCGCGUAACUCUGUCAUUAUUUGUCAUUAACUUUAGUGCUUAUAGUGAGCUUAUGUGAUAGACCUGUGUAUGUCGUGCGUGGUCAACACUAGAGGUCAUAUUUGAUGGUCAAUCUUUAUGUAAAUUUGUCAUAAUGUUUGUAUAAAUGAUCCAUUGGUUGUGUCUGAAAAUGGUUCGGAUCGCUAAAAUAACAUGGUCGCUGGGGAGGGGGGGGGGGCUGAUUUUCCUUUAUAUUUAUAUAGUAAAAAAAGCUUGUGAACACUCUAGAAGUUAUAUUUUUUGGCUCAAUCAUCAUGAAAUUUUGUCAAAUGAUUGGUUUUAUGGAUAUCUCUGAUGAGUUCGAAAAUAGUUGUGAUCAGGGGAAAAACAUGGCCGCCAGUGGGUGGUGACAUUUGGUCAGAACUUUUUUGUUUCUUUCCAUCUUAGUCUUUCAGGUGAGCGACCCAGGGCUCUCUUGGGCUUGUUGUUUUUUAAUCUUCACCAAACUUCCUGUAAGUGUUUUAAGGUAUCACAACUGGAUCAAGUUAGAUAACUCAACACAAUCGCAUUUAGGCACUUAAGAGAUAUGGCCCUUCAAUUAGUCAAAUUAGCCUGUUUUUACUUUGUCCCCUCUGUACAUGUAACUGAUACAGUUUUAAUUAAAUCUUCACCAAUCGUUUUAUGCCCCCAAAGGGAGGCAUUUAAUAAUUGCACUGUCCGUCUGUUCGUAGGUCCGUCACAUUCCAAAAAAUGUUUUUAGGUAUAACAUUUGGGUCAAAUUCGAUAACUAGUGAAUUCUCAUCCGCUUUGUAACUGAUACAGUUUUUAUUCAAUCUUCACCAAACUUCUGGAAAUAGUUUUUAGGUAUAAUAACAUCCUGAGUCAAGUUUGAUAACCAGCCAAAUCGCAUAAGGCACUUGAAAGUUAUGGCCCUUUAAUUAGUCAAAUUAGCUUUUUAGCUCACCUGAGCACAACGUGCUAAAGGUGAGCUUUUGUGAUCGCCUUUUGUUUGUCGUCCGUCGUGCGCCGGCAACAUUUUGCCUUGUGAACACUCUAGAGGCCACAUUUAGUGACCGAUCUUCAUGAAACUUGGUCAGAACAUUUGUCCCAUUGAUACCUCGACUGAGUUUGAAACUGGGUCAUGCUGGGUCAAAAACUAGGUCACUAGGUAAAAAAACCCACCUUGUGAACACUGUAGAAGUCACAUUUGAUGCCCAAUCUUCAUGUAACUUUGUCAAAAUGUUUGUCUAAAUGAUAUGUUGGUUAAGUUCAAAAAUGGUUCCGGUCCGUUUAAAAACAUGGCCCCCAGGGGGCGGGGCAGUAUUCCUUAUAUUGCUAUAGAGAAACCUUGUGAACAAAAUUUUGCACAAUCAUCAUGAAACUUGGUCAAAACAUUGGGUUUCAUUGAUAUCUUGGACAAAUUAAAAAAUGGUCCAGAUCGGUGAAAAAACAUGGCCGCCAGGGGGCGGGGCAUUUUUCUCUAUAUGUAUAUAGUGAAAACAUGUGAACACUCUAGUAGUCACAUUUUUGGUCCAAUCUUCAUGAAAUUUGGUCAGAACAUGUGUUUUCUGGAUAUGACGGAUUGGUAAAAAAGCAUGGCCGCUAGUGGAUGGGGGGGGGGGGUUAUUUUCCUUAUAUAUAUAUAGUAAAAAAAGCUUGUGAACACUCUAGAAGUCACAUUUUUUGCCUAAUCAUCAUAAAAUUUGUUCUAAAUACAAUACCCCACAUUAUCAAAGAUUUGUGUUUUAAAACGGAUUUAUUGAUUUUUUAAUUGGAAAUAUAAUUACAAGGUGAGUCUGAAAAUAGUUCAUGUUUGUUUAUAAACAAGGCUUUCAGGGAUGUGGUAGUUUUGUGUCUAAAGUGGUUUAUUGUGAAACAUGGGAAUACUUUUAGUCACAUGUUUAGUUCAAUCUGAAUGACACUUGCUGAGUGCAAAUGUUGUUAUCAUAUCUUGAUUUAGUUUACUUAAAUAGUUUUAACAAUAUCAUCAGAGCUCCAGAUAAGGGUCGUAUUUUCGUAAUUACGAAUUAUUUUCAAGUCCGUAACGUAUUUAUUUCAAAAUCUUGUCGUACCAUUAAGAAUUACAAAAUCAAGUUAAGAAUAUUAUUUUUACAUCGGUUCGUAUAGAUUUUUAUUGAGUUCUUAUCGCGUAUUAAAGAUCUUUGCGGUGCUUAUAUAGAAUAGUUAUCGGUUUUGUUUAACAAAACGCAUUUUUUCCAAUAAAAGCGGCGUAUACAGUCUAUCUGUCAAAAAACAAUGGCGGCGCCCAGAGAGCGUCCUAAAAAACCUGCAAAGCGUCCAAAAAAAUGCGUUUAACAUAUUGUACGCAAAGUGAGCCGAAGUUAAAUAUUUAAAAGGACAUUAUAGAAAAGAUCUUAUACGAUGUUGUAUGUUCAGUUGCCGACACAGUCGGAAAAGCUAAACAAAAACGCGACAUGGCGGGUCCAAACUUAAACACAAAAAAAACAUAUAACGAGUGGAAGGGACAAGUCCCGUGUCUUAUCGUUGAAAAGAUUGAAGGGGAGACCCGUUUUAUUUGUGAAAUAUGUAAAAAUUCAUCUCAAGCAUGAAAUCUAAGCACAGUUUGGGCAUAUGAAGGUAUUUGAAAAAUAAAAUUGUAUAAUACUGAAAAGACACUGUUGAACUCGUAUAAAUAAAGUUGCUAGUAUGUUUAUUUUGAUUUUUUUUGCAUGAAAAUAACCAUUAUUAUUUAUUUUAGGUCAUUUAGAAAAAAUAAGAAUUAUUUACCAAAACUUAGUAGUAACGUUAAGAAUAAAAUUUCAGAGUGAAGAAUUCUUUUUGAAAAUCUGGUAGUAAUUUAAGAAUUUCACAAAACCUUAUCUGGAGCUCUGAUCAUCUUCAAACAUGGUGACAAUCUUUAGGAGCAUAAUAUAUUUUGCUCAUGGUGAACUUUUGGGAUCACCUUUUGUCAUUUGUCUGUCUUCCGUUGUGCAUCAUGAAUCUUUGCCUAAUUUUGCCUUGUUAACACUGUAGCGGCCACAUUUAUUGUCGGAUCUUCAUGAAACUUUGUCAGAAGAUUUGUCCCAAUGAUAUCUUGGGACGAGUUGAAAAAUGGUUCAGGUCUGUUGAAAAACAUGGCCGUCAGCUGGCCAUUUGUUGUUCAUUCUUCAUGAAACUUGGUUAGAACAUUUGUUCCAUUGAUAUUUUGGGCUGCAAACAACAGGUCAUUUGUUUUUAUCUCAGGUGAGCAACUUUGGGCCUUUCAGGCCCUCUUGUUUUUGCUUUGUUUGCUCUGUAACUGAUACAGUUUUAAUCAAAUCUUCACCAAACUUCCAGAAAAUGUUGUUCAAAUUCGAUAACCAGUGAAUUCGCAGGGGUGGGUACUUGUGAUGAAGAAGGCUGCCAUUGAAAUAAGUACAAUGUAUUCAAGGCUUUGCUUUAGUAAGUAUAAGAAAAAAUAAUUCUACAGUUGACAAGAAGAUGUGGAUUCCUGUUAUUUGCAUACCCUAUUCGUCAGCUGAACAUAAGCUGAAAACAGGAAUAUGCAAUUUACAGGAAUUAAACAUUUGUCAACAUCAAGUGACAGGUGGCUAAGCAUUCUUUUUUCUAAUAAGCUUUGCGGUCAGAUAUUUGGCUUGAAUCAUGUUCUAAUGAUAAUAACAGCUAUUGAUUUCAAAAUAGGUCCUGUCUGUACAAAAAACAGGUCAGUUGAGCAGUAUAGGUCCUUAAUGACCCUCUUGUUUUAUUACCUCAACGUGCUCAUGGUGAGCUUUUGUGAUCGCCUUUUGUCCGUCGUGCGUUGUCCGUCGUCAACAUUUUGCCUUGUAAACACUCUAGAGGCCACAUUUAUUGUCUGAUCUUCAGGAAAUUUUGUCAGAACAUUUGUCCCAUUGAUACCUCGACUGAAUUCGAAACUGGGUCAUGUUGGGUCAAAAACUAGGUCAUUAGGUCAAAAAAAAGAAAAACCUUGUGAACACUGUAGAAGUCACAUUUGAUGCCCAAUCUUCAUGUAACUUUGUCAAAAUGUUUGUCUAAAUGAUAUGUUGGUUGAGUUCAAAAAUGGUUCCGGUCCGUUGAAAAACAUGGCCGCCAGGGGGCGGGGCAGUAUUCCUUAUAUGGCUAUAGAUAAAAACCUUGUGAACACUCAAGAAGUCACAAUUUUUGCCCAAUCAUCAUGAAACUUGGUCAAAACAUUGGUUUUAUUGAUAUCUCAGACGAGUUAAAAAAUGGUCCAGAUCGGUGAAGAAAAAAAUGGCCACCAGUGGGCGGGGCAGUUUUCCUUAUAUGGCUAUAGUAAAACCUUGUUAACACUCUAGAGGCCACAUUUAUUGUCUAAUCUUCAUGAAAUUUGGUCAGAAGAUUGUUCUCAAUGAUAUCUUGGAUGAGUUAGAAAAUGGUUACGUUUGCUUGAAAAACAUGGCUGCCAAGGGGCGGGGCAUUUUUCCUUAUAUGGCUAUAUAUGGCUAUAGUAAAACCUUGUGAACACUCUAGAGGCCACAUUUAUUGUCCAAUCUUCAUGAAAUUGGGUCAGAAGAUUGGUGUCAAUGAUAUCUUGGAUGAGUUCGAAAAUGGUUACGUUUGCUUGAGAAACAUGGCUGCCAAGGGUCGGGGCAUUUUUCCUUAUAUGGCUCUACAUGGCUAUAGUAAAAUCUUGUUAACACUCUAAAGGCCACAUUUAUUGUCCUAUCUUCUUGAAAUUGGGUCAGAAGAUUCAUUCCAAUAAUAUCGUGGACGAGUUCAAAAAUGAUGCUGGUUGGUAUAAAAACAUGGCCGCCAGGGGGCGGGGCAUUUUUCCUUAUAUGGCUAUAGUAAAAACUUGUUAACACUCUAGAGGCCACAUUUUCCAGUCUUCAUGAAACUUGGUCAGAAGAUUUGUCCUAAUGAUAUCUUGGAUGAGUUUGAAAAUGGUUUCGGUUGCUUAAAAAACAUGGCCACCUGGGGGCGGGGCAUUUUUCCUUAUAUGGCUAUAUAUCAUGCUUUAGUAUUUAACCUUGUUAACACUCUAGAGGCCACCUUUAUCGUCCGAUCAUCAUGAAACGUAGUCAGAAGAUAAGUCCCAAUGAUAUCUUGGAUGAGUUUAAAAAUGGUUCCGCUUGGUGGAAAAACAUGGCCGCCAAGGGGUCCUGGCAUUUUUCCUUAUAUAUAAGCUAUAGUUAAACCUUGUUAACACUCUAGAAGCCAUAUUUAUUGUUUGAUCAUCAUGAAAAUUUGUCCCAAUGAUAUUUUGGACAAGUUCAAAAAUGGUUCCAGUUGCUUGAAAAACAUGGCCACCAGUGGGCGGGGCAUUUUUCCUUAUAUGGACUUAUGAAUCUUCCUGAAACUUUGUCAGUAUAUUUGUUUAAAUGAUAUCUUGGAUGUGUAUGAAAAUGGUUCUGGUCUGUUGAAAAACGUGGCUGCCAGGGUGUUCACUAGUCAUGAAAGUUGGUAAGAACAUUUUGUUCUAAUGACAUCUUGGGCUGCAGAGAACAGGUCAGUUCCUUUGAAUUUCAGGUGAGCGACUUCGGGCCUUUCAGGCCUUCUUGUUCAUUGAACAGUUUUAAAUGGAAAAUUGACUAGGAAAACGUUUGCGAUAUUUUCUCCUUCAUAAAAAUAUACAUUGUUGAAAAUCUAAACAUAAAUUGUCAAACACGUUUUUUUUAACGGACAUAAUUUGACAUGUAUGUUUAAACUAUAAAAUGUAAGUAUGCCCCCCUUCGAAGAAGAGGGGUAUAUUGCUUUGCACAUGUUGGUCGGUCUGUCUGUCGGUCGGUCCGUCCACCAGGUGGUUUCCGGAUGAUAACUCAAGAACUCUUGGGCCUAGGAUCAUGAAACUUCAUAGGUACAUUGAUCAUGACUCGCAGAUGACCCCUAUUGAUUUUGAGGUCACUAGGUCAAAGGUCAAGGUCACGGUGACCCGAAAUAGUAAAAUGGUUUCCAGAUGAUAACUCAAGAACCCUUAGGCCUAGGAUCAUGAAACUUGAUAGGUAGAUUGAUCAUGACUCGCAGAUGACCCCUAUUGAUUUUUAGGUCACCAGGUCAAAGGUCAAGGUCACAGUGACCGGAAAUAGUAAAAUGGUUUCCGGAUGAUAACUCAAGAUCGCUUAGGCCUAGGAUCAUGAAACUUGAUAGGUAGAUUGAUCAUGACUAGCAGAUGACCCCUAUUGAUUUUCAGGUCACUAGGUCAAAGGUCAAGGUAACGGUGACCCGAAAUAGUAAAAUGUUUUCCGGAUGAUAACUCAAGAACGCUUAUGGCUAGGAUCAUGAAACUUCAUAGGUACAUUGAUCAUGACUGGCAGAUGACCCCUAAUGAUUUUCAGUCACUAGGUCAAAGGUCAAGGUCACAGUGACAAAAAACAUAUUCACACAAUGGCUGUCAUUACAACGGAGAGCCCAUAUGGGGGGCAUUCAUGUUUUACAAACAGCCCUUGUUUAUGAUUGGACUGAGCAACAUACAAACUGUGAAAAUCUCCACAUCAGGGUUCUCAAUAACGAUUUCCUGCAUUUUGGGCCGUUUUAUGGCUAUUUUAAUGGUCAACCAGGCACUUAAAUUUGAGCAUUUUUUGUGCAUUUUAUGAAUUUUAGCUUUUUUAACUAACAAAAGAUAAAUGAAAAAAGCUCUUGGAUUGGGAAUGGGGCCGAAAUUCAGCCUUACAGGAAUGGAGGAAAAGGCCUGAUCGUCCGUCUACCAUGCACAUUUUGUGUGACACUUCUAGUUUGAAACAUAACUGAAUUAAAACAAACUUUCACAACAACAAAAACUUUGCAUUAACACAAAAAAUGCAAGCAAUCAGGAACAAAAACUCACCAUGUGACGAAAAGUACGUCAAAAUAUUUGACUGCUUUUUGACUGAUUCCAAUCUGCCCCUUUUCAUUGUUGUUGUUGUAAUUCUAAUACACUGUCGAAUAAAGCUAUCAACUGUUAGUGCUAACGAGAUUUAUAACAUUUUAGUUACCAGGAAUGCAAUGUUUGACUGAACCGCGUGUAUAAUGAUACAAAGGUCAUUAUCAUGUCUCAAAAAUUCAAACCAGUCACAAAACGCAUGUUAAGGGAGAUAAUCAAGCAACAUCUUUGCUUAAUAGCAAAAAUGGAGCAAAAUUACCGAAAAGACUCACAAAUUUUGAAAAGUCAAUAAUUAUUGCCGAUUUUCCGAAUCUGAGUGAUUUUCAACCGGCCAAAAAUUUCAAGCGGCCAAUUUGGCCGGCGGCCAGCUCUUAUUGAGAACCCGGCACAUCUUAUAUUUCGCCAGAGAUCACUUUUCCUUCCUUGCCAUGCUUGAUGGUGAUAUGCCUGAUUUUGACAAUAGCAACAUAACUUAGCAAAAUAGCAGGGUAGAAAUUUUACAUUAAAUUUGUAACAUAGUGUAAUGGUCAUCUAUUUAGUUUCAGUUAGUCUGCUUGGAGCCAAAGCAGGCCACACCAUGAGAAUUGAAAUAUAUAUCCCUAGAAAAGUCCACAAUGCCUAGAUGUCAUAUAUUUGGCUUGACACAAUUCAUGUUCUAAUGAUUCUGCUGUUCAAUUUGAAAUAGACCCAAUCUGAAAGAAAAAAAACAUGUUUUAAGUGAGUGAUAUAGGGCCAUCAUUGCUUAAAUCAUUGGUAUAAUUAUUAAAUAUUGAUUAAAAUUGUAUUUUAAUGCAAUAAAACAUGUAUCAUUAUGAUGGUUUACAUGAGAUCUGAUUUCAAUUUUUUUUUAGCAAUCAGAUUCAAUGUAUUUGUUCGCUUUUUAAAUUACUGUCAUAUGAAAUUGAUAAAUUAAUUCAAGUGUAAGUUUCUACUUCAAUAACUGUGAAAACUAUUUGUUUCUAAACAUUCAUUCAAUUUAUUAAAUUUAAUUACCAGUGAUGGCAAAUGUCAAAAUGGCUCAAAUUAUAAUUGUUUGGUUAAAUCAUGGAAUUCUAGGCUAUUUAUUGCAAAACAUUACACAACUUGCAAUGAAAUCUUGAGCCAAGAUAGAAAAUUAAGAAAACACAUUGUGUGUUUCGUAUUAAAAUUACUUGUCCGAAAUAUUUUUGACCAUCGUCCUCAAUAUAAUUGAUAUUUUGUAUCGUUUCAAUUUGCAAGAAAACUAUUUAAACCUGUGUUUAUUUGGAUAUUUAACAUUAGUAAGUCGCCUCUGAGUGGUAAAAACCUGUUGUGUUCAUAAAACAAUGAUUUUUGCUUUCUUUUGAGAUGAAUUAAUUUGCUGGUAAAACGGACAGGUACUUCAGAAAAAAGUCGUUUUUCUAGGACAAAUUUCACCAAACAAGACCGGCAGACUAGUUUUUCAGGAAGCCUAACUUCAACAAUAAUAAUGUAGUUUUUUUAUCAAUAGAAAAAUUAGUGGGUUCCAUGUUAGAAAACACACUACUGUAUUAUUAAAUGACAAACAUCUAGUUUUUUAUGUCCCCCAGUAUUGAUUUUGCCCUGUUUGUUGGUUUGUUGGUUUGCGUCAGACUUUAACAUUGGCCAUAACUUUUGCAAUAUUGAAGAUAUCAACUUGAUAUUUGGCAUGCAUGUGUAUCUCAUGGAGCUGCACAUUUUGAGUGGUGAAAGGUCAAGGUAAUCCUUCAAGGUCAAAGGUCAAAUACCUACUGGGGGGCAUAGUGUUUCACAUACAUGUACACCUCUUGUUUUACAAAUAAUGUUUACAUGGUGAGAAUGCUGUGCGGCUUUGGCAGCUGAAGUUCCACCUUUGUUUAUAGGAGUCAGUGUUAAAGGGAAAAUGUCCUGUUUUUAUUAAAAUUUACAUUAUGUACGUUUUAUUGUUUAUAUACAUAUAUAUAUUAAAAAAAAAAAAACAUUGUGAAGACUGAAAUCACUAUUUUUAGCUCCACUAUUCAAAGAAUACUUGAGCUUUUGCACUCGCCCUUUUAUCGGCGUCCCUGUGUUUAGCUUUUGUGUGUAAGCUGGUAUCUUUGUAGCUACUGAAGGUAAUGGAUUAAAACUUCACACACUUGUUCACUCUGAUAAUUGAAGCUGAUGGACACAGGUCCCAUAACUCUGAUUGGCUUAUUUGCAGAGUUAUGCCCCUUUUUAGAUAAACUUUAGAAUAGUCGAGUGUGGCAGUCUUCCGACAGCUCUUGUUUUACAUGUAAAAAUAUUGUAAUGGCAAAAUUAUAUCUAAAAAUCUAACCGCUUUUGCAAAAAAAAUUGUUCAAAGAGCAGCUUAACUUAUAACAGAUGCUCUUUUAAUUUUAAUCUAUCAAAUUGUAAAUAUACAUUGCUUUUUACAAAUUAAUUGUGUGUGUUCAUUAUUGUGUACUUUACAUAUAUAAUUGUUUUAUUAGAAAUCAUAUGUUUCAUUAUUUAAAUAUUUAUUGACACUAUGUAUGACACAAUGUGGAUACUAAAAUUAAAAUUGUGUAACAUCGGAAAAAUAUUGUUAUUGCUAAUGUGCUUGUAAUCUACACUGUUGCACACGCUAAUUGCUUGAUGAAUUUUCCUUUUUAUAGUUAUGAAAAAAGUUUGCAAUUUACGUUUCUAAAUAAAUAAAUUGAACACACAAGUUUAA